CGGCAGCUUGCUAGGAACGGUACUGCUUCAAAAUUUAGACCGCCUUGGCCCCUAAUCCAACACUAUGGAUGAUGCAGAGUAUCAGAAGCUGUGUCGAAGCAUGACUGAGAACCAAGGAUCUAGGACAAAUCAACCGGAAGUUUGUACUGGCAUCAGUGCCGUAAUAUACACAACCCAAGGAGAGGAACUCACCAUAAACUGCGAUGUCAUCCAGGAGGAAGUGCCUUCAGAGUCCUCAGGCCAGCGAGAUCAGUGGAGCAAGGGUGUGGAGUUUCUGUUCUCCUGCAUCGCCCUCUCUGUUGGCCUUGGGAAUGUCUGGAGAUUUCCCUUUAUAGCUUUGGAGAAUGGUGGUGGUGCCUUCUUAAUUCCCUAUGUGAUAGUGCUCCUUCUGAUUGGCAGACCCGUUUACUACCUAGAGGUGAUUAUAGGCCAGUUUUCGAGUCGUGGUUGCAUCAAAGCUUUUGAUAUGGCACCUAUAAUGAAGGGUAUUGCCUAUGGUCAGGUGUACUCCACCGCCUUGGCCACUACCUACUAUGCCUGCAUUAUGGCCUUGACCAUAAGGUAUUUGGUGGCCAGUUUCGAUGAGAUCCUACCCUGGACUUACUGCCUGGUGGAAUGGGGCAGCAAUUGUGUGGCCACAGGAGCAACUGCAGAAAAUAAUACAUCGAUUGAGCAAGGUGUUUCCUCCGCAGAGCUGUAUUUUACACGAACUGUACUUCGGGAACCGGAUAACUUGGAUGAUACUGGCUUGGGCACGCCCAACUGGGAUCUGGUAUUGUGUCUCAUGGCCACCUGGCUCAUCAUUGGCACGGUUUUGUGCAAAGGCAUUCGCAGUUCGGGCAAAGCCUCCUAUUUCUUGGCCCUGUUUCCUUAUGUGAUUAUGUUCAUCUUGCUGAUCAGGGCGGUCACUUUGCCAGGAGCCUGGCGGGGAAUAGUCUACUUCCUGGAGCCCCAGUGGUCACAGCUGCUCAAUCCUCAUGUAUGGUAUGCGGCCAUCACCCAGAUGUUUUUUUCGCUGGCCAUUUGCUUUGGCACCCUGGUCAUGUAUGCCUCCUUCAAUGAUUUUCACAAAAAUGUGCACAAAGAUGUGAUCAUCAUCACCACCAUUGAUUCACUGACCUCUAUCCUGGCUGGCUGCAUUAUCUUUGGCAUUCUGGGCAACCUAGCCCAUGAGACCAAUACCGAGGACAUCUCCAAGGUUGUGAAGGGAGGAGCUGGUCUGGCGUUCAUCUCCUAUCCGGAGGCCAUAGCCAAGUUCAACUUUUUGCCGCAAUUGUUUGCCGUGCUGUUCUUCUUCAUGCUGUUGGUUUUAGGUAUUGGUUCGAACAUUGGCAUGGCCAGCUGUGUGAUCAACGUGGUCAAGGAUCGCUUCACCCACUUACCCCACUGGCUUUUGGCCGUAAGUGCCUCUGUGAUUGGUUUCCUCUGCGGCUUGGUGUACAUGACGCCGGGCGGACAAUUUGUGCUGAAUCUGGUGGAUUUUUAUGGCUGCACCUUCAUUGCCUUGGUCCUGGCCAUUGCGGAACUGCUGGCUGUGGGAUGGAUUUACGGAGUAAAGCGCAUUUGCAGCGACAUUGAGUUUAUGCUGAAUGUGAAGACCAGUUUUUACUGGCGCAUUUGCUGGGCCAUUGUGGCGCCGGGACUGAUGUUCCUAGUCUUGGUCUAUAUGCUGUGUAGUUAUGAGCCCUUGACCUACCGCAAAGUGGAGUAUCCGCCGGCUUAUUAUAUGGCGGGUUGGAUUAUAUGGGGAGUGGGAGUGCUGCAGUUGCCCUUCUGGGCUUUGUACACGAUUUUCCAGCAGCCGGGAAAGACCUUUAGCAGUAAAUUCCGAAUGGCCCUGCAGCCCACAGCCAACUGGGGUCCUCUCCAGAUCCAAAAGUACGAGGCUUAUAUCCUGCACAGAAAACGGCAGGCGGACAUCAAGAGUCCACGGGGCGGAUACUUGUUCGACAAUAUAUUUGGCUGAAACCCUUAACAAUAACUUAAGUUUAUUU